AUGCCCAACCCAAUCAAGGAAGAUCUCCAUACAGUGGAUGAGGACUCGUUUCCUUACAUCUUUGAGCAAAAUGCUACUGUUCCUCUCAAGGCCGGUGAUGGCUUAGUUCGUCUAAACAUCUAUCGUCCGAAGGGUGUUGAUAAGGUACCUGUUCUUGUCACAUACGGUCCCUACGGAAAGGACAUUUGGUAUGAAGACUUCCAUCCAAAGUCCUUCAGUGAAGUCAACCCACAACACAAAUCAAAGCACUCAGCAUGGGAAACCCCUGACCCUGGCUUCUGGACCAAGCACGGCUAUGCCGUUAUCCGCGCCGACGAGCGAGGUCUUGGCCAAUCCUCCGGCAAGCUCGACACCAUGUCAAGAGGGACCAGUGAGGCCUUCUUCGACGUUGUGGAGUGGGCUGCCGAGCAACCUUGGUCCUCUGGCAAGGUCGGUCUUCUUGGCAUCAGCUACUACGCCGGAAGUCAAUGGCGAGUCGCAGCCCGUAAACCAAAGGGUUUGAGCGCAAUCGUCCCCUGGGAGGGCAUGUCGGAUUACUACAGGGAUAGAUGUCGUCAUGGUGGCAUUCUGUCGAACGCUUUUAUCAAGUUUUGGUGGAAUCGCCAGGUUAUCACAAACCAGUAUGGACGACCAGGUCGGAGUGCGCGGAAUUGGGGCCCUGAUACUCUAGAGGGAGAUCUACCGGAGGAGGAGCUCGAGGCUAACAGACAAGACCAAACCAAGGACAAUCAAGCCAAUCGCUUCCGAGAUGAACCCUACUACGCUUCUAAGGAGUAUGACAUGGGCGAUAUCGAAGUCCCUCUACUCUCAGUUGGCAACUGGGGUGGUAUUCUCCUGCAUCUACGCGGAAACAUUGAAGGAUACAUCCAUGCAGGAUCGAAAUUCAAGUAUCUUCGCCUCAUCACCGGUCGUCACGAUCUCCCUUUCUACUACGAAGAAGAAGCCGAGAUUCAGCGCAGUUUCCUAGAUGCAUUCCUCAAGGGCGAAGACCGCGUUGGCUGGUCACAAGAAGGCAAAGUCGCACCCGUCAGCCUCGUUCUCCGCAAAGGCAACGUUGGUUUCAACGACGCCGAAAAGGAGAAGGUGUAUCCUCGCCGCGAAGAGAACAAGUGGCCCAUCGCACGCACGCAAUACAAAAAGCUCUUCCUCACACCUGACCAAGGUCUCAGCUGGGACGAGCCCAGAACCGAUCGCAAGAAACUGUCUUACAAGGCACUAGGAACGCUGAAAGAACCGGAGGUGCUGCAGUUCUCGACUAGUCCGUUUGAAGCGGAGACGGAGAUUACGGGACACGUUGUAGCGCAUCUAAAUGUCUCAGUUUCCCCUGACCCGUCAGGUCCCACGCCGAGCGAUAUCGAUCUGUUUGUCACGCUGCGACACUACGACGCUUCUGGCCAGGAGGUGUUCUACACUGGCACUGCAGGCGACCCCGUCCCUGUGACAAAGGGGUGGUUGAGGGUGUCGCUGCGCAAGGUGGACCAGGAACAUCCCAAGCACCGCGAGUGGCUUCCCCAUAGAAACUACACCAGCAAGGAUGUGCUCCCUGUGAUUCAGGGUGAGAUCUACGCUGUGGAUGUCGAGAUCUGGCCUACGAAUGUGGUUGUUGAAAAGGGUGGCAAGUUGGUGUUUGAGGUGUCGUCUGGUGAUACUCAAGGAUCGGGUAUUUUCUUGCACGAUGACCCCGUUGACAGAUCUCCUGAAGUGUUCCAGGGCUUCAACAAUAUUCAUUUCGGUCCUCGUCAACAGAACUACAUCACUCUUCCUGUGAUUCCUAACUAA